UACUCAUAGCUAGGAAACACAAAUCAGAGUGGAAUGUGGAAGUCAUUACGUCUCUAGAGAAUGCUGGGCAAAAUUAAUAUGAAAGGGAAGCGGGAGCCACAGUCGCAAAAUCUACUGCAAUCCACUCGCGGACUCGGAUUCUUCCACAAGCAAUCGGAGCUGAUGAUAAUGCUGCCAGAAGUUCCAAAGCUGCGAAACAUAUUUGACCUGUUCGUAGUUAAUGGCAAUGGAACAGGAGCUAAGAGUGGAGCAGGAGCAGAAACGGAAGCAGGAGCAGAGGGCUUGGAUCCUGCAGCCAGCAUAGAACUGUCGGAUGUGGCGGACUGCCUCCGCACCAUGGGCCUGAGUCCAAGUGACCACUGGCUGGCCACUCGCCUGGCGGAGCACCUGCGUCGGCGAGAGGCAACGGGACCGGUGGGAGCGGCGUUCUCCCAACGAGCGUUCUUUGAGCUGGUGCUCACACUCUAUUGCCAGAUGGCCGACGAGGACGAAGGUCCCUCAGCCGAGGACGCGCUACAGGUCCUGCGCAGCCGCGAUCCAAGGGGCACUGGAGUGUUGCCCUACUCCGAGCUGCGCCACAUGCUGACCACCAUGGGCGACCGGCUGGACGAGGCGGAGGUCUUCAGCCUGCUGCACUGCGCCUCGGACAUCGCCGGCAAUGUGCACUACGAGCACCUGGUGCACCAGGUGUUCGCCAAGGACGAGCAGGCGGAGGAGCGUCUCCUGCAGGCCCGGCUCUACUUGCAGGCGGUGGGGCGCAAUGCCAUCGACAUGGACAUGGUCAAGAGGGAUGAGUUCAUCGACGCCCUCCGCCGCUCGGAUCCCAUGCGCUCCGGAUUUAUUGAGCCGAAGCGCCUGCUGGAGCUGCUGAAUCGGAACGAGGAGCGUUUCACCGACGAGGAGCUGCAGCUCCUUACCCAGGGAAUGGAGGAUACCAAGUGUGAGCGGGGCAUAAACUACCGCCGCUUUCUGCAGUUCAUCAUGAAUGAGUAGAUCCUUUAGGAGCGCAACGGAUUCGGUCAAACAGAAACUGUGAUGGCACUGGCCAAUUCUAUUUAUAGAACUCCCUCUAUGUGUCAAGAAAACGUCAGAAUACCUACAAUUUUUAAAGUAA